GAACGCGUAGAGCUAUCAAGUUGAAAUUCAUAUCAAAUGCAGGUUUGUACGGAACCCUCGGUGCGCGAGUCCGACUCGCACUUGGCCGGUUUUUUAUCAAAAAAUUCCUAUUCAACAAACAUAUCGAUAACGGUAAAUUAAAACUGUGUAUACAUACGAGUACUUACGUCAAUAAAUUAUAAUAUUAAUCUUGUAUUGACGAUGAUUGAUGAUGAUUGAUGAUAAUUGAUAAGUUUGCCGUUCUAAGAAAGGGAUCUGGAGCAAAAAUGCGCAUGAUAAGGAGCGUCGGGCCCGAGCUGACAUACAAGAAGUUCGUGGACAACAACGAUGUGGUGUUAGCGGCGGAGCGCAUGGUCCGCGAGGCUCCGGACGUGUCUCGCCUGCAGUAUCUUGCUCCAAAGACGGCGCAGAAUCGCAGCCUGGUCGCGCUCGAGCUGCAGAGUGAUAUGCUGAGCACGAAACCUGGGAUUCUUGUCAUAGCUGCGCUAAAUGGAAUGGCAUGGGGAGCGCCAAAUGCAGUUCUUGAGUUAGCGGAAAAGCUUCUGUACGAUACUAAUUAUCAGUCACCCUUCUUCAAUGACUACGAUUGGUAUUUAAUCCCAAUGGCAAAUCCCGAUGGUUUAAACUUUACGCAAAGCCAACGCCAUCUGCCGCCACUAAAUGCUAAGGAAUGGGCUGUUAAUCUAACGGCCAGAGCCACGACCCGCGCUGACGAAUGGCACAAGAACGUAGACACCGGAAGAAGCGCGCACUCAUGCUUUGGUACUAAUAUCAAUCGAAAUUUCGCAUUUCAUUGGCAAGAUGACGUCAGCAAGUCCCCCGAUCGUUGCUCGCAAUGGUUCCCAGGCGAUCGGCCGUUCUCUACAAACGAAGCUCGAGCUAUACGGAAGUACGUUGACGGACUGGGUGAAACCAUUCAGCUGGCCGUACAUCUACACGCGAGUUUUGUACCAAAGAAGGAGUACAUGGUAUAUCCGUGGCGCUAUACGCUGCGGAUGCCAAGCAACCAUUAUACUCUGCAAGAUAUCGGAGAAUAUGCGGCCAGGUUAUCACGUCAGCCUGAUGGAAGAGUAUAUGAGGUCCACCAGAGUAGCAACGAUGGACGCGUGGCGGGCUCAGUGAUAGACUACUUAUCCGGCGUGGUGGGGACCGACCUAGUGUACCUGCUCAAGCCUUACCACAAGAAGUUUCCCGACUACAAGGAUGUAAAUCACCUCAAAGCGUACGUGGACAAAUCUACGUCGGCCAUCCUGAGUUUGGUCCGCGGCUGGCGUCGAAGCACUAAACAAAACACGCUCACCUUCUUCGGUGUUGAUGUUGAAUUCUAGACAAAAAAUAUUUUAUAAUAAAUGACACUAUCGUUUUAAUGUAGUAUCAAUAAAAUUAUAUU